AUAACGAAGGUAUAUUGACAACUGUCAAAGCAGAAGAGUAAAAAGUAGAGGGGAAACUGAGGGAAUAUACCUACCUACCUGGUAGGUUACGUGGUAAGGAGAGCACCUUCUUUGUUAUGGGUAGCCUGUAAUUCGUGCAGGAAUGAAUAUGUAGAAGUAGCAGCCCCGCCUUGAAGUUUACUAACCUUAGGUAAUUUGUACCUUGACUACCUUGACUACGGAUCCGUACAUCACCUAUGAUCGCCACCUUUUUCGGCCCCACCCCCACUAUCAAUUACAUACUGUAGGUAUGCAGCGGAUUUUGAGUCAACAGUCAGUCAACAGUCAACUAUCAACAUUACCUCUCCAGUAUUUCCAGCGCAAUAUUCCACGACGCUCUUCCUUUAUCUCGGCCUCAAUUUUGCUAUUUGAGUACCUCGGGAAUACAGAAUGUCGAGUAGGCAGUUAAGAAAACUUCAAAAACAAAAAGAGCUGGAGGAGCUCCAGGCGAAGAAUUCUCUCGAGGACGACGAAUCGAGUAAUGAUGACCGGCCCGCCCAGAAACCGAGAGCAAGCGCAUUCUCCGGAUUUGCAGCGCUUGGCGACCAAGAUGAUCAAGAUGAGGAUUCCGACCAUGACGCGAAGGAAGACGAAUUAGUAGAGGCCACAACAAAGCCAAGUAUCGAACCCAACCGUACCGACGCGCCUAAGAGCUCGUCGAAGAAGAACAAGAAAAAGAAGAAGAAGGCUAAGAAGCAAGAUGGUGCUCCCGCUAAGGCUGAACCUAUUGCGCAAAGCGGACCGGAUGAAAUUGAUCAGGCGCUAAGAGAGCUCGAAAUUUCCAACCCUAGAAAAGAAAAUGACGACGAGGAUUUUCAACUGAAAAUCGUGAAGCCUUACGAGCGAAUUUGCGAACUUCUAAGCAUCAAUGCGUAUCACCUUAGAGUAAUCAAUGAGAUGAGCAACCUAUUUGGCCGAGAAGCUAUCGCUGCUGCUCAGAUCGAAGAGCAAGAACAGACGCGCACUAGAAGACAAAGACAGCCGUUGCCCCAGCAAGUCGACCUAGAAACAUACCUUAAGGGGGUACCGGGAAAGGGCUUACCUGAAGUAACGCUGCGGCGGAACCCCUUUUUGGCUGGCAAGGAAACAUGGCCACGUGCUUCUACGGAGGGCCUGACUAUGGAACAAAUCAAGGAGGAAAAGGAAGGAGUAGCUUGCCUGCCGGGUACUGUCGAGUUCCGCUUUGCGCAUGAUACAUACUACAACAGAUUGGAGGAAGCAUUCUACGACCUCGUCCAGAUGUACGAUCCUAUGCAGAUAGUGCAUUUUCUACAUCUCCAUCCGUAUCACGUCUCUAGCCUUAUCCAAGUUAGCAGAGUCGCAAAACAAGACCAGAAUUCGGCGCUUUCCGCGGACUUAUGCGAACGAGCCCUUUUCACCUUCGGCCGUGUCUCUCUAUCGACUUUUCGCCAGAAGAUAGAGCAGGGGAAAGCGAGAUUGUCGUUCAACCGUCCGGAGAACCGUCAGUUUUGGUUGGCCGGAUAUCAUUACCUUAAGAAUCUAAUCAUGAAGGGCACCUACAGGACGGCACUAGAAUGGGCAAAACUUUUACUCAGCGUGGAUCAUACUGACCCGUACGGGGUUAUCCAUUUUAUCCACCCGCUCGCCAUACGGGCGCGCGAAUCAAAGUGGUUCAUUGACCUUUGCGAUUCGGAGAUUUUAGACGUAAAUCAUGCGGCGCAAGAUGGCCAAGAUUACAUCAGGCAGACACUUGUACUAGCUAGGCUUCAGCAAAAGGACACGGCUGGUGCCAAAGCACUGUUGGUCGAGGGUAUGGAGCGCUUGCCUUGGCUGUAUAGCUAUCUCUUUAAAGCACUCAACUUAGAUGUUCCCAAGGCUAUAUGGGGCAUGCAACCACGCAACCGAGAUGAGGAGCUUCAUACAAACGUCUACAUCCAUCAGACUAAGCCGUUAUGGGAUAACACGCAAGCAAUGUCUCUCCUGAAGGAGGUAGCGGGUGAGGCAAAGAGGGCGGACGUCAACAAAGCAUUCCCCUCCCCACCUACGGUUGGGUUUAAUCUUGCACGAUUCGUCUUCCUACUAGAGAUUCCCUCUUUAAUAGGACUAGUACCGCGCGACUUACUAAAUACGUCAGUUAAUUGGGAGUUUGACCCGCUCCCACCGCCUCUAGAGCAAAAUAUCUUCUCGUACAACUCGCAGAUGCUGCCGUGGACUCCCUCACAACCUGAAGAUCGACUUAGGGCUGGACUCGAGCAAGGGGAUCGCCGACAACUUAUGCAAAUACUAGCCCAAGCAAGACUGGCCGGUGCACCUGAGGAUAUCCAAGCGGAUCUCGAACGGGCCAUCUUGGAGGAGGCCGACGGUAUAGGUGGAAAUCACAAUGAUGGCGGUGGUAACGAUGGCGAAGCGAGCGAGGAUGCAUUUGAAGACGGAUCUCAGAAUGAAGCUUCUCUUGGUCGCUGGUCAACAAUCUUCCAGGCCGUCAUGAACCUAUUCGAUAUGAAUGAAGAUGCUGCCGAUGAUUUCAAUGUGUACAACGGACCCUUUGGGCCUAGACCCGGUACUAUGCCCGGAGCAUGGCAGGAUGAGGAGUCAGACGAAGGGGAGACGGAUGACGAUAUGCCUCCUUUAAUACCUGUAGGGGGUUCGACUAAUCCUAGAGAGUCUGGAAAUGAAGCGAAUGAUAGCGGCGAUGGAACGGACGACGAGAUGCCAGGAUUAGUGUGAACCGGUAUGAUCUGAUUCGGUCGGUACGAAUAGGCAUAGCCGGGAGAGGCUACCGGGACAUGAUAUCGGUAUUCGAUGCAUACGCGUGUAAAUAAAGCUAGCGUGUCCCCCAUUACUGCAAUUCCUGCAGGACAAACCCAUGGAAUCGCUGCAUGGAACAGGUCGUUGGCUUAAGGCGUGAGUACAAACCUACUCUGUAAUAUGUACAUACACUACACGUGGAAAUGGGCUUCUUAAUGUCUAUAUUUAGUGAUGUGUGGCACUUCAUCCGUCUGCCUAUAAUUCAGAUUCCUAAUUUUUAAUUUUGCAAUUUGCAAUGAGCAAGUUUUUCCUUCUCUCCCUAUUCGUAAUUAAAAACCCAAGGCUAGUUUCGCAUCUAGAUGAAAAUAAUAGGGGGUGGAGGAUGGGGAAACUUGCUCAGGUUUCAUAUUACGGCGAGCUGUCUUGUUGCGGCAGCACGCGACAGGUAAGGUAAUAGGCGUCAG